AUGGAUACUGGUACCAUGUCAACCCAGGAGCAACAGCUCUGCGAGUUCCUGAAAGUACAACCCCACUCUCAUGGCAAUCGAUACACCACCAACGCAGAAAACUCGCUCAUGCAGAACUUGUUCUGGUCCCUGGUGGGCGGUCAGCAAGAAUACUUCAAUCUACUCUUUCCCGGCGGAAGACCCUCUCCAAAUGAGAAAUGGAUCUUGAGAAAGGCACAGGGAGGUGCAGAUGGCGACGAAUUUACAGAGGCCGCGAGAGGCAAGGCAUGUGGACAUAUAUUCAAGGCAGGAGAGGCAACCUACCGCUGCAAAACAUGUAGUGCCGACGAUACUUGCGUUCUUUGCAGUCGAUGUUACGAUUCUUCAGACCACACCGGUCAUAUUAUGUAUGUCAGUGUCUCGAUGGGAAAUAGUGGAUGUUGUGACUGUGGAGACCCAGAAGCCUGGAGACUACCCAUCCAUUGUUCAAUACACACAGCCUACGAUGAAGAUGUACCAGGAGGCAAGGGAAAGGGAAAGGUACCCGUCCUGCCGCAUGAACUCGUCAAGUCAAUUCGCAUGACUAUAGGGAGAACCUUUGACUACAUCUGCGACGUCAUUUCAUGCUCUCCUGAACAGCUUCGUCUCCCGAAAUCUAAGGAGGGUAUAUUGGAGGAUGAGAGAUCUUCUAGACUUGGAUCUCAAUUCUAUAAUGGAGAUGUUGCUGAGGAACCUUGCGAGUUUGCUCUUUUACUGUGGAAUGACGAGAAGCAUACCGUUUACGAGGUACAGGAUCAGGUUGCUCGGGCAUGCAAAACCACAGUUGCAGAGGGUAUGAAGAGAGCUCACGAGACGGAUGACAUUGGUCGAAGUAUCAUCAAAUAUAGUUUCGAUGUGGACGAACUACUUCGUGUCUCAAAGGUCAUCGAACAGAUCAAAGUCACCGUUACAAUUCGCUCUGCUAGGGAUACAUUCCGAGAACAGAUGUGUGGAACUAUCAUCGGGUGGCUGAAUGAUAUUGCCGGGUGCAGUGUUGGACCUGAUCAUAAUAUCUUGCGGCAGGUCAUCUGUGAAGAGAUGCUUAAGAAAUGGAGUACUGGAAGUUCUGGCUUUAACAAAGACGUGGGCAUGAAGGGAUUGGACGACCACGAGAUGGAAGACAACCGUAGAAUUGAGAUGAUCCAAAGACAGCAGGAGGUCUUCCGACGAGCGGCCAUUGUUGUCACAGCCGCCGCUGAUGAUUCGGACGACGACGACGACGAUGAUGAUACCCCCAAUUUCCAAAUUCAAUCAGUAGGACCUGCGGAUGAUUCGGAUUCUGAUAACGAUGACGACGAGGACGAUGAAGAGUCCGAUUUUGCUACGGCUGUUGAGCGUUAUCUGUUCAAUCCAGGUGCUACACAGACCGAAACUGACCCUGAUGGAGAUAUUAUGAUGGCUGGGGAUGAUGCAGAAGAUUCUCCUCUGGAGACUGGGGAAGCAACUGGUGCGGGCUUCCCACCUCCACCUCCACCACCUCCUGCGCCUCGAAGACAAAACCGAGACCGUGAUUUGACCCCCUCUGAUUCCGAUACUGCCGAGAUACUCCCUCUUGUUUCCCAUACUGUGUAUGCUAAAGCUAAUAUAGAGGUCCCUAAAACUCCUGGACCAAAACCCACGAAUUUGCCUCCAUCCAAGCCCGCGCGGUACUGGCUGGAGACCUCGCAAACCUAUAGUGAUCGCGAAUCGGUGCCUCUACAUGAAAAUCUUUGGGAACGCCUGAGACUGGAUUGGAUGGUCUUGUUUGAUCUACGAAUGUGGAAAAAGGUUCGAAUCGACCUUCGGGAUCUUUACAUUUCAACCGUGGUAUCGAUACCCGAGUUCAAAAGAGUGCUUGGAUUACGAUUUGCUGGACUUUAUACCACGCUUGCACAACUUUAUCUUAUUGCAGAUCGGGAACCGGAUCACUCAAUCAUCAACAUUUCCCUGCAGAUGUUAACCACGCCAACUAUUACUGCUGAGAUUGUGGAAAGAGGCAACUUUUUGACCAAUUUGAUGGCCAUUCUAUACACUUUCCUUACCACAAGACAAGUUGGGCAUCCGUAUGAGAUAUCGCCAAAUGCCACACUUGCAUUUGAUUCGGGUUCGGUCACUAAUCGACGAAUGUACCAUUUCUUUCUGGAUCUGAAAUAUCUUUUCAGCUCGGAACAUGUACAAGAGAAGCUCCGUACAGAAGAUAGAUACAUGCUUCAGUUCCUUGAUCUAGUGAAACUCCACCAAGGAAUUUGCCCAAACACACGAGCGGUGGGAGAUCAUGUUGAGUAUGAGACAGACGCGUGGAUCUCGGCGUCAUUGAUUACCAGAGAAAUCAAUCGACUGUGCAGACAAUUUUCAGAGUCCUUCAAAUGGAAUUUGGGAGAUGACCACACGUACAUUUGUAAAGCUAUCCGACUGGCCGCAAAGUCCGUAAUACUAAAUUCUCUUGGGACUGAAAGAAAACGCUUUGAACAAGCAGAGAUCAAGGAUGAAAUCAAGUUCAAAAAAGUUGGCGACUAUGAAUUUGACACCACCGAAAUGGCCAAUAGCGUUUUACAACAUUAUGUGGUCAAAUUCAUCGUUGACUCUCAGCCCAUCAGUUUUCAUCAUGCACUUCAUUAUACUCUUUCUUGGUUGAUUGAAUGCGGGAAGAGUAUGUCUCGUGAGCAGCUCACAUCUUUAUUGUCCUUCACUACAGCGGAGCUGCUCGACAAGCCCAAAGCAAUGGGCCAACGAGUGAUGCCGAGCCUAAAGUAUACCCCAGAAGACCAUUUGAUGGCGGCUUUCGACUAUCCCCUCCGCGUGUGUGCAUGGUUAGCCCAGAUGAAGGCUAGCAUGUGGGUCCGCAAUGGUAUGAGUCUUCGACAUCAGCACAGCACGUAUCGGGGUGUAAGCCAGCGCGAUGUAUCUCACCACAGAGACAUAUUUCUUCUUCAAACAGCCAUGGUAGUUUGUUCACCCGCCCGUGUUUUAGUCACGAUAAUUGAUCGUUAUGGACUGGAACACUGGAUGAAAGGUUUGUACGAACAAAAGUCGGAAGGAACAGACGAUGGGCAAAUUUUGGAUGUGGCCGAAGACUUGAUACACCUCCUUACUGUGUUGAUCAGUGAUCGUACCUCUCUAGUCGCCAACGAAGAAGAGACAAACACCCAUAUUCUUGCUAUGCGACGAGAUAUCACACACGUCCUCUGCUUCAAGCCAUUAUCAUUUUCGGAGAUCUGCAAUAAGCUUCCUGACAAAUUUCAAGACCAGGAUGAAUGUCAAGACAUUCUUGACGAGAUGACCACGUUCAAGCCCCCAGAAGGACUAUCAGACGUUGGAACCUUUGAAUUGAAGGAGCAGUAUCUUGAGGACGUUGACCCAUACAUUUCUCAUUACAACAAGAAUCAAAGAGAAGAGUCCGAAAACGCUUACAAGGCUUACAUGGCAAAGAAGACUGGGCGAGCAGCGACCGACAUUGUUUUUGAGCCCAAACUUCGACCAAUCGCAUUUGGCGCCUUCUCGGACCUAUCAGCCUUCACGAGAACUGGCAUUUUCGCACAAGUCAUCUACUACGCGCUUCUAUACCCUCUCAAAUCCUCCGACUUGACACCCACUGUUCCAAUAACUCGAGUCGAGGCUUUCCUUCAUAUUGUCUUACAUCUCGUUCUGAUCGCUAUUCAUGAAGACAACACUGAUGAGGAUGAGAUGUCGGAGGAGUCACUUCAAUCUUUUGUUUAUAUCGCUCUCACAAGUGCUGCACGAAGCAACUUCUUACCAAACGCACCCGCAUCAAGAACAAUUGCUGCGGUGUUGGAGAUGUUGUCUCAGAAGGAAGAGUUUAAGGCUUGCCAUACCAAGAUUACGUUGGUCUUGAAAAGAAUGAAGCAAAAGCGUCCGCGAAAUUUUGAGAAUGCUUUUGCGCGCCUGGGUGUUUCAGUGGACCGAAUUUCAACUGCCUCGCCUGCCAAUAGUACUAUAUUGGAAGACCGAGAGAGAAAGAAGCAGGCAGCCAAAGAACGACAAGCCAAAGUCAUGGCUCAGUUUCAGCAACAACAAAAGAAUUUUAUUGCCAAUCAGGGUGAUAUUGAUUGGGGUGAGGAUGGAGCCAGUGACAUUGACGUUGAAGAGGAGGGAGAAAGUCACAAAACCUUUUGGCAAUACCCCACCGGGACUUGUAUCCUUUGUCAAGAAGAAACAAAAGACGGCCGACUUUAUGGCACGUUUGCUUUGAUGGGCAAAAGCAGUGUUCUUCGUCAGACUCCGUUUGACGAUCCCGACUUUGUUCGCGAAGUUCUCAAUACUCCCUCAAACUUGGAUCGCCCGGCUGAUGAUUUCCGACCUUGCGGAGUUGCCGGAGAGAAUCGAGAAGAGGUACACAAAGUUACGGCUAGUGGUGUUGAUAUUGUGACGGAGAGACAAUUUAUUGGUAAAGGAUUUCCCUCUGAGUCGACCAAGGCCGGGCCGGUCUCUGUUGGAUGCGGCCAUAUUAUGCAUUACAAAUGCUUUGAAGUUUACUAUGAAGCUUCAGUAAGAAGACAUCAGCAUCAAAUAGCGAGACAUCACCCCGAAACAUUGUCAUGCAACGAAUUUGUUUGCCCACUAUGUAAAGCUCUGGGCAACGCUUUCUUGCCCAUUAUUUGGUCACCCAAGGAAGAACAUACCCUCUUAUCAUUCCAUCCGGUGGCGUCAUUUGACAAAUGGGUUCACGAAUAUGUUAAUAGUCCUCCUAGAGCUUGCAGCAUAUUCUCCAAACUCAAUCGGGAAAUGCGUUCCAGUGAUAGUGUGGAGCUAUUUCAACAACACAAUAACAAGGUUCUACCGACUGCUUUGGCAUCUAAAAUGGCUGAGCUUCUAACGGAAGCCUGGGAUCCAUCUUCACCACAUAAUGUCGGCCCUCCCUCGCUACCUGGGGCUUGGAACAGUGAUGCUAGCUCCAGAGGCCCAAGCCACUCGCCAUCAGAGCACUCAGCAACGUCGGAGCUUAUUGACAUCUACCAACGGCUAAAAGACACUAUGAAGAAGAACAAUCUAUCUUCGCGUCACGCGACCUUGCAUGGCGAAGAGACGUCGGUAGACUUCUCACACGGUGACACCUUGGCACGUACACUUGGACAUUCUAUAUCAGCCGUUGAAAUUCAACAAAGAGGAGUUGCCUCGACUGCUGGCAUGAGUCUCUUGGAAAGCCUGCCUCAAUUAGCUCUCACACACCUUCGAAUCCUGUCCGAAACUGCAGCUUCUUUUGUCUCUGUUGGAGGACUUUAUCGCGCAGGCCAAAAUCGUGUAGCCCGUGAGUUCAGUGCCGAUUAUGAACUUCAGCAUCGAUUGCUCUUCCUCAAAUACGUGGUUGCGGACAUCAAGGAACGCCGAUGGCUCAAACCAAUCGGAUCACUAUUUGAACACGAUAUAUUCACCUUCUUGACUGAAUGCUCUCUUUGUCUUGUGCCGGUGGACAAGCUGGAAAUAAUGCACGUUGUUCAGCUAUGCUAUCUCGCGGAAUUGGUAAAGGUUGUUCUGAUCAUGGGUAGAAAUAGAGGUAGAUCCGAGUUUUCUAUUUGGACUGGGUCUGAGAAGUUUAUGACAGGAGAUUCUUCAUUACCCGAUCGUGAGCCAGGAUUUGACAAAUUUGCCGACUUCUGUGUCGCGGUCAGAAAGUUUGAUCCGGAUUAUCCAAGCCAUGACGACGUUGAAGGAGGCGUGUUUUCUCAACCUUGCUUUAAUGGGCCGCAGUCGUGCCAAAAUUUUGUGCGCAAGUAUGCACUCGUCUUUCUCCGAAAAGUUGCAAUACUGCUCCAUGUUCUUCACGGCCUCACGUUCAACAAUUUUAUUCCGUCUAAUCCGGAUGCCGAUGAGCUGGAUCGUUUGACGGAGGUAUUAAAGUUGCCAAGCUUUGACGAAAUGUGCGCUUCAAUAGGACCGACGUAUCAACACCAUCAUAAUCCCAUCAUUGGGAACCUCAUUGAAGGUUGGGUGUUAUCCGCAAGAGAGCCCUUGCACAAAAAUCCUAAAUCGGGCGUGACACUUAGCCACCCAGCUGUUUUCGAACUUAUUGGGUUGCCAAAGAAUUUUGACACUCUUAUGGAAGAGACCAUGAAACGACGUUGUCCUACGACGGGCAAGGAUGUUUCAGAUCCUAUGCUCUGUCUCUUCUGCGGGGAGAUCUUUUGUGGACAGGGAAUCUGUUGUCUGAAAACCGUGGAGAAUACGGACGGUAGAGGGACAUCUCAAAUUGGUGGUGCGCAGCAGCAUCAUAGAAAGUACGUUCCCAUUUUACUUCUCUUUCAAAUCUUUGCCCUACGUGGCAUUAUACUUCUGUUGCGAAAUUUACUAACUGUCGUUUCCUAUAGAUGCCAAAAGAACAUCGGACUUUACAUCAAUAUCCGAAAGUGCUGCGUCUUCUACCUCUACAAUAUGACGGGAUCCUGGACCGUGGCACCGUACAUUGAUCGUUAUGGUGAAGUUGACCCCGGUCUUCGACAUAGUCGACAGUUGUUCUUGAAUCAGAAAAGAUAUGAUGCCCUACUGAGAACUGUAUGGUUGAGUCAUGGCGUCCCGAGUGUGAUUAGUCGGAAGCUGGAGAUGGAUAUCAAUAAUGGGGGCUGGGAGACUAUUUGAGGUGAGUAUGGCUUCGUGAGAAAGGUCGGGAGCUAAGAUGGUGAAGGAGUAGGAAGGGGAAACGUGUGAUGAUGAUGUUUUUGAUGAUGAUUGUUAUGAUGUGUGACGAGUGGAUGCUUAGGAUGAAGGAAGGGAAGGAAAGGACGGGGAAUGAGUGAUGUUCUUUCCUUUACAUCCUUUUCGAACGCCUUAGAUUUUUGGUUUACCGGGAUUCAUUCUCUUUUCCUCUAUUUCUCUUUUUCUUUGAUGCGGCGUUGGUGUUGGUGUUGUUUGGUGCUUGGUGUUGUUCGGUGUGAAGGCUGGGAAUACAUUCAAUAGGGUAGGGUAGAUGGUAGUCUUUCAUGAAUCAGAAUACAG